AUGGCGAACGAGCAGAUCUCGCUGCCGUACCUGGUGAUGAUACUGCUGGUGACGGCAUUCGUGAUACGGUUCCUCUUCUUCUCGCCGGCCCCGCCACCGGCGCCGCGACAGAGCGCCGCAGCGGUACUACGCACGCGCGAGGCGGCGGUAGAAAGGAUACAGCAGAUGUUCCCGCAAGUGGACAGACGGACGAUUCUGUGGGAUCUACAGAGAAAUGGCGGGAAUAUCCAGGCGACGUCUGAGAGGAUUCUUGCAGGACGAAUGGAAGCCCCCCCAAUCACCUUCCAGCCCCCUCCCCCGCCGGGAGCGAACAACGCAGCGUCCAGCUCCUCGACACCGGCCAAGGCGCCCGAGAAGCCCACGCAGCCGGACCUGAUUACGAGAUACAAGCUCCAAGACAAGAUUUCGGCGCAGCAGCAGCAGCGGCAAGCGGAAGCGGACGCCGCCGCCGCCGUCGCGGAGAAGGAGAAGGAGAAGGCGGCCAAGGGGUGGAGCUCGAACAGGGACGAGAGGCAGUCGCUGUUGCAAAAGCGGAGGGACGAGAUGAUUCUUGCGGCGCGGCGGAAGAUGGAGGCUAAGAUUGCUGCGGAGAAGGCGGCAUAG